AUGACAGGGGUGACAUCUCAACCUUUUGAAGAAGGCAGUAAAAAGAGUGGUGCUGUGAUAAGCAAGACCAGAACCACGCAGGGCACUGAGCUGACAAUGUGGCUUGGGAUUGCAGUUCUCAUCUCUCUUGCUGUACGCUGGGCUGUGGAGGAGGCAUCCACUGAUGAAGGAAUCCCUUGCUCAAAGUACCAGCUGGCUUUCAACCGUUCAUGCUAUGAGUUUGUUAGACUCCAGCGUACCUUCACAGGUGCCCAGAGCUGGUGUGAGAGAGGAGGGGGGCACCUGGUCUUUAUUGAAAACGAGGAAACUCAAGAGUUCUUGCAAAAACAUAUUGCGGAGGAUCAGGAAUGGUGGAUAGGACUGAUCUCAAACUCCUUGCUGAAUGAAACUACUGACGGGGCAACGAUUUGGCUGGACACUUCAAAUAUAAGCUACAGUAACUGGUACAAGGAUCAGCCAUCUCCCUUCUCGUCCUCAUGUGGGUAUAUCCUGAAGAAUGCCAAGUAUCAGUGGGGUGUGACUGAAAAUUGCAGCCAGGAAUUUGACUUCAUCUGCGAGUUUGAAUCUGGCCAGAGCGUUGCUUGUGAUCAUUACAAUGCCACUGUACAGUGUGGAUCAGGAGAAGUUAUUCAAAUUGGAGAGAGCUUCUAUGGACGGAAGACCCCUCACUACUGUGUACUGGAGACUCCUCUCCAACAUGAUAUAGAUGGAGACUGUAGCUGGAUCAGUGUCAAAGAUGAAGUAGCAGGCCAGUGUCAUGGUCUUCAGGCCUGCCAGGUGGCAGCAGACGGCACUUUCUUUGGAGAUCCUUGUCCAGCUUCAGGAAGUUAUUUGUCUAUUCAGUACCACUGCAAAGAAGGUCUGCAGCUGGUUGUAACAGAUGCAUCCUUUGUCUUUGAAAAUAUCGCGGUCAGUUUGAACUGGCUGCUCUCUCCAUACUCUGGCAACCUUUCCUGUGUCAUUAGCACUGGAGAUGGCCACACUAUUGAUCCUUACUACCCUCUAACCAACAUCACAUAUAGAUACUCAACUCCUGGAGAGUUCACAGUUUUUGUGGAGUGCACCACCAGCGAGUGGCACGUGACAGCUCAGAGGCGGGUGACUGUUCAAGAUAAGAUGGAUCAGCUGAGCAUUACUGGGUGCUACAGCCAGUAUGAGUCUGGGAACCGCUCUCACUGCCGAACGCUGUACCGGGAGUUGUUGUGGAUUCAAGUUGAACUCAAUGGAGGCAAUGGAGUGACCUACAUUAUAAGAGUGGGUAACAUGACACUCACUGAAUCCAGUGCAAAGAAAGGAAUUGUCCCUCACAAUCUGACACUUGACAGUGCCUCUCAAGAGCUGCUGGGCCCAGGGAUACAUCAACUGGAAAUCCGAGCAUCCAGCAACACAACCACCUCGGAGAUCUCUGAGAGCAUUGCUGUCCACCUAGUCGAGCCAGUGUCUGGUCUUCAGGCUGCAUUAGCUUCUCACACUCUGCAGCUGGGGGAAAUUCUGGAGAUAAAUGUCUCUGUGUCUCACGGCGCCCCCGAUAAGCUGAAGCUUGAGGUGACUGGAUCUAAUGAAACUCACUCUCACAAAGAAGAGGGCCCCGCUGGGGAACCUCGGACGUACACCAUCCCUGUGCACUCUGCAGGUACUUUCCUAGUGAAAGUGGUGGCCAUGAAUGCUUUCUCAAACAUGAGUCUGGACCUUGGUUUCAUCACUGUGUUGGCAAACAGUUCUCAUAAAGAAGAUUCUUCUAAGGAAGGAGACAGCUCCCAAACAAAUAUCCAAAAAACAAAUGAUCACAAAAGAAAACACAAAAUAAAUAUUAAACCGAGUCGUCACGUGGAUCCCUUCACAACUGUUCUUCUUGGCUGGCCAGACAACAACAAUAAUUCCAGUUUCCUCUGGUCCUGUGGAGCUUGCUGGCCUGAGUGGAAUGAAUGUGUGCAGCAACAGAUAAUCCUAACCAACCAAACUGAGGUGCAAAUCCCACCUUCCUGCCUUCCUCCUCCAAAGUCUGCAGUAACAGUCAGGGUUACAGUCCGAAACCACGUCAGUGAAGAAAGGCAGGACGAGCAGUGUCUCUAUGUGACUGCAAAACAAGAACUGCAACUGGAAAUCAGGUGUGAGUCAAACUGCAAGCCAGUGAACACUAGUGAUGAAGUUGUUCUGAGUGUCUCUGGACAGAAGGAUUACCAGGACAUAUAUUAUAACUGGUACUUAGAUAACACAUUCCAAACCAAGUCUACAACCCUCCCUCUAGCCUGUGGCCUGACUGGUUUCUGGCAGAACUCUUUGAAUCUGCUUCAAAGCAACACAUCCCUAUUGAAAAUGAACAGCUCCUUCUUGCAGACACAGGGAGAAGCUUUUCAGAUUAAAGUAACAGCAAUGACUCCACGUGGCUACGGGGAGGAAACAUACCUUGUCAGCUCCCUGCCUCCGCCCGAUGUCCCCAGCUGUGCCGUGUCUCCCAAGCAGGGAUCAGUGCUCACCACUUUCACAGUCUCCUGCAGCACUCCCUGCUUGGCGGAUUCAUGCCAACCCAGUCCUAACAGGCAGCUCACAUACUGCUUCUAUCUGAAAUCAAAUUCUCUCCUGCACUGUGGCCCGGAUCCUGAACUCUUCCCAGUUUAUCUUCCACUUGGAGAAGAGGAAAAUAAUUUCAUUUUAAAUCUGACAAUUACUGUUAGCAACAAAUACGGUGAUACAGUUCAAACUUAUGCUUCAGUAAAGGUUGGACAUGCAGAUAUGACCGAUGGGAACGUGACCCUGCGGGCUAUUGUAUCUGAGAAGGCAAACACCAUCCUCAACAACGGGAACAGCAGCAUGAGUCUUUUCCAGUUGUAUAAAUCAGUGACAUCAGUUCUUAAUCAGGAGACCCAAGAGGAAAACUUUAACAUUUCUUUACAGACAGGCCUGCGAAAAGAGCUUCGAGGGCUGAUGCUGGCAACUCUCUCUGCUGUUAAUGUAACAUCCGUGCAGACUGCUGUUAAGAUGUCAGAAGUAUUGAAAGAAAUCACUUACAGGAGUGAAGAGCUGUCUGUCUCAGCACAGGUGAAAGCUAGCAACACUCUAAAAGAUGUCAGUGCUUCCUUGCUCACUGUAAACACAGAGGACAGCAGAGAUGAUCAGAAGCUAAAAGAUGCAGCCAGAUAUCUAUUUAAUGCAGUGAGCAAUGUCCUUAAAGCUUCUGCAGAAAUCAGAGCUACAAACACUUCAGUACCAGAGGCUGAACAGAGUUCAGUGUCAUACCUGCUCCUGAAUACAGUUGAAAAUCUACAGAGUGCCCUUCUGUUCGGGAAACAACCAGAUGAUGAACCAACAGUCCUCGCAACUCCUACUGCCACAAUGUAUACACACAGCUCUGCCAGCUUUACCCUCCCACCUGCUUCUUCUCUCAAUGUUUCAGGAGUUCAUGAGGAAACAGUGGAUAUAAGGAUGGUGAGCUUUGCCGUGAAUCCCUUCUUCUCCAGUGACACCAGUUUUGACAUCAGGGGAACAGUGGGAGGUCUAAGUCUUACUGGUCUGGAUGGCUUAAUCAUACCAGUCAGUGAUCUCAAAGAAAACAUUGAGAUAAUGUUACCAAGGCUUUCAGCACCUCAGGAAGUUAAGACUCUGUUGAAUCUGGGCAAUGUUAGCAUUUUCCAAGUCAAUGUCACCUCAGAAAACACAUCUAUAGUGAUCCACCUGGAAUGUGAACAUGACAUUCCACUAAUACUGUACCUAGGGUUUGGUUAUCAUCCAAAUGAAACUAACUAUGGUAUGAAAAAUCAUCUGUUCUGCAAGAAAACUACCGGAGGUGAGACAAAUGCCUGGGUUCUUAGCCCAGAAGAACUCAUUUUUGGAGAGGGAACCUACUAUUUCAUGGUUUUACAAGAUAUGGGAAUGGAUUCCACGGUCUAUGAUGGGCUAACCAUAGCUGUCACUUGCUUUGCAUCUCGCUGUGUGUUUUGGGAUGAGCACCAGGGGAAGUGGAACAGCCAUGGAUGUCAUGUAGGACCAAAAACAAAUCCUGGAAGCACCCAGUGCCUCUGUAACCAUCUGACCUUCUUUGGGAGCUCCUUCUUUGUCAUACCCAAUGCCAUAGAUGUUAGCAAAACUGCACAGCUAUUCGGAACAUUUGUGGACAACCCUGUGGUGGUGACAACUGUAGGAUGUAUCUUUCUGAUAUAUGUGCUUGUAGUCAUAUGGGCUCGAAGGAAAGACAUCCAGGAUGAUGCUAAAGUGAAAAUCACCGUGCUGGAAGACAAUGACCCCUUUGCUCAGUAUCGUUAUCUUGUGACAGUUUUCACAGGCCACCGCCGCGGGGCAGCCACAACCUCCCAGGUGACUCUCACGCUCUAUGGGGUGGAAGGAGAGAGUGAGCCACACCAUCUAAUUGAUCCUGAUACACCAGUCUUCGAGCGUGGAGGAGUGGAUGUUUUCCUCCUCUGCACCUUCUUCCCUCUUGGAGAACUGCAGAGUAUUAGAUUGUGGCAUGACAACUCAGGGGACAGCCCAUCCUGGUAUGUGAAUCGAGUAGUGGUCCAUGAUCUGGCUUGGGACCAGAAAUGGUACUUCCUCUGUAACUCUUGGCUAGCUGUUGAUAUUGGAGAAUGUGUCCUAGAUAAAGUGUUUCCAGUAGCUACAGAACAGGACAUGAAGCAGUUCAGCAAUCUGUUUUUCAUGAAGACCUCCAAGGGUUUCCAGGACGGGCACAUCUGGUACUCAGUUUUCAGCCGCUCUCCACGAAGCUCCUUCACACGAGCCCAGCGUGUGUCAUGUUGCUUCUCACUGCUUCUCUGCACCAUGCUGACCAGCAUCAUGUUCUGGGGAGUGCCAAAGGAUCCAGCUGAGCAGAAAAUGGAUUUGGGUAAGAUUGAGUUCACAUGGCAGGAAGUGAUGAUUGGCUUUGAGAGCUCUCUCCUCAUGUUCCCCAUCAACCUGCUCAUUGUGCAGAUCUUCAGGAACAUACGACCCCGCCCAGCCAAGCAGGGAGGGGAGAAGAAGCCGGGAAAGAAUGGUCAAGUGUCCCCGAGCCUCCUUUCCACCCCACAGGUCACCCAGGCUGUCUCACUAACUCCAGAGGCUGUGACAAAGGACAUCAGAAAAGUUGCCAGCUCACUCUUUAAGGCCCUGAAGACUCCAUCUCUCAUUUCAGUAUCAGAUCUUGGAAAAUCAACUAACAUCAACACACUUUUGGCACUGGUUGAGGACAUCAUCUGCCAGCAGAACAGAGCUGGGCAAGAGUUUUACGAUGAGAGCAAGAAGAAGGAUGACCCUAUAAUUGUCACAUUAGGUGCUAUGGACAUAAAAGAAAAAACAAGAAGCCCAGCUCCAGAUAAGGUAACGUGUGAGCGACUGAAAUACAGUGAUUACAACCGCUGCCUGUACAUGCAACUCCAGCACAUUGAGGUGGAGCUGGAAUUACUGGGGCCCCAUAAAUUUCAGAUGCCUCAGAGUUACACACAAGCCAUUCGCCAGGUUCAGCACAUGAAGAACCUCCUGGAGAACCAGACCUGCUCAUCAGCAUCCAUCAGUGAGAGGUGGUCCCUUACCCCGAGCUUCUCCGGUGAUGGCAAGAAAAGUUCGUCUUCCAAGGGGCUGCCCUGGUGGUUUGUGUUCAUUGCUUGGUUACUUGUUGCAGCCACCAGUGCUGUAUCUGGGUUCUUUACCAUGCUCUAUGGGCUGCAUUAUGGCCAGGAGAACUCCAUCAAGUGGUUGAUCUCCAUGGCCAUCUCCUUCUUGGAAAGUAUUUUCAUCACACAACCCUUAAAGGUGCUGGGAUUUGCUGCUUUUUUUGCUCUGGUUCUGAAGAAGGUGGAACAUGAGGAUGAAGAAAACACAGCUAUUGAUGGGCCUUUAUGUGCACCAGGUGAUACAAAUCCUUUCUUUGGAGCCCGAAGGGACAGUAGAAGCAAUAUUUACCAGCCACCUCCUGCAGCUGAUGUGGAGAAAAUGAAAAUCAGCUGCAUGAAGGAGCAGAAAGCAUUCGCCCUCAUCAGAGAAAUCCUGGCCUAUCUGGGGUUUUUAUGGAUGCUGUUACUGGUUGCCUAUGGGCAGAGAGAUCCCAACUCCUACUACUUAAAUAAACACAUUGAGAGCAGCUUUACAGAUGGAUUCCAUGAUAUCUACAGUUACCAGGAUUUUUUCACAUGGGCAAACACCACGUUAGUCAAAAAUCUGUAUGGAUCAUAUAAAGGAUUCAUUACAGAUGGCAACUCCAAGCUGGUGGGUAGUGCUCGAAUUCGCCAGGUAAGAGUGAAAGGAGACACCUGCCCUAUUCCUCCCGAACUCCAGCAUGUGAUUCAGGAAUGCCAUGCUCCAUAUUCCCUACACACAGAAGAUACAUCAGAUUAUGGGGAACACUGGAAUACUUCAGUCUUCAAUAACUCCUCUGACCUGAGCUCAGCAUGGCAGUAUCAGAGUCAGUUCAAACUGAGAGGACAGCCCAGCUGGGGCAAACUUGCCACCUACAGGGGAGGGGGAUACGUGAUUCACCUGGGGACUGAUCCUAAGAAUGCCUCCAGAAUUCUCCAGUACCUUUUCAACAACGUCUGGCUAGACACCUUCACAAGAGCAGUGUUUGUUGAAUUUACAGUCUACAAUGCCAAUGUGAACCUGUUCUGCAUCAUAAGCCUGAUGUUUGAAACCAAUGCUUUAGGGGCCUUCUUCACAAGCGCAGAGCUGCAAAGUGUCCGGCUUUACCCGUACACCGACAGUCUCCACAUCUUUGUGGUUGCAGCAGAAAUAAUUUACUUCCUUUUUAUUGUGUACUACAUGAUAGUACAGGGAAAACUGAUGAAGACUCUGAGAUGGAGAUACUUCCACAGCAAGUGGAAUCUCCUGGAGAUAGCCAUUAUAUUGAUUAGCUGGAGUGCCCUCUCAGUGUUUGUGAAGCGGACAAUCCUUGGGACACGAGACAUCAGCUACUACCAGGAACACAAAGAGGACUGUGUAAGCUUUAAUGAAACAGCAAGAGCUGAUGCAGUUCUUGGGUACCUGAUUGCAUUCCUAGUGCUUCUCUCCACGGUCAAACUGUGGCACCUCCUGAGGCUCAACCCUAAACUAAACAUGAUCACUUCAACUCUGAGGAGAGCGUGGGGUGAUAUCUCUGGAUUCAUCACUGUUAUUACAAUCAUGUUCCUGGCCUAUUCCAUUGCUACAAACCUAAUCUUUGGCUGGAAGCUCUACUCUUACAAAACUCUCUCUGAUUCAGCAGAGACCAUGGUCAGCCUUCAGCUGGGAAUCUUCAACUAUGAGGAGGUCUUAGACUACAAUCCAAUUUUAGGCUCCUUCUUAAUUGGAUCCUGCAUAAUUUUCAUGACAUUUGUGGUACUGAAUCUCUUCAUUUCUGUGAUUCUGGUUGCCUUUAGCGAGGAGCAGAAGCACUACCAGACUUCAGAAGAAGAAGAGAUUGUUGAUCUAAUGCUAAUGAAACUUUUCAGUUUCUUGGGGAUUAAAUGCAAGAAGGAAGAGAAGCCAGUCAGUAACGAUCAGCUGGGAUAA